AUAAAAAAAAAGUUUUGUGCUAAAAAUGGGUGAAAAAUCAUCACCAAUUCUCGAACAGGAAGAAUGCCCCGAUCAUCAGGCACUUGGAAAAAUGUCGUCAUCAGCUCCAAUGUUGGAAGAAAAGGUCCCGAGGAUCCUGAUUCGGGAGGAUACAGUCCUGUCAGGGUUGAAGGGGUGCGCCGGGUGCGGAGGGGCCCAUUUCACUUGCUCUGGAGUCACGAAACAGUGGUCGGCGUUGUGCUGGGGUAGACGGAGCGAGAAGAAGUACUAUUGUUUGCUAGUGAGCCUGUCUGCUACGUUCGUACUGAGCCUCAUCGGAACAGUGUUCUUCUGUUUCACUAAUACCCUCAACAAUGCAAUAUUAUCUAACAUGGUAAUAAGAAACAACUCAAUGGCGUUCUCCCUCUGGCGGGCUCCCACCGUGCAGCCUCUGAUGAAGGUCCACCUCUUUAAUUAUACCAACUGGCAGCGGGUCCGAGACGGCUAUGACAGGAAGCUGCAUGUUGAGGACGUCGGGCCAUUUGUUUAUUCACAGAAAGUGGAGCGCGUGAACAUAAAGUUUGAGAAAGACUGGCUUUCGUACCAGGAGAGGAACAUGUUCCGGUACAGACCAGACAAGACGGAGGGGGCACAGUUUGACAAGGUCUUCGUACCUAACCUGCCACUGUUGGGUGUGGUGUCAAAAGUGAUAGAGAUGAACGUAAACUCCAUUGGCCAGGUGGCUUUGAACACCGCAUUGUUUUACGCCAAUCACAAGGACGCCUUCAUCGAGCUGCCGGUUCACAGGUUCCUGUGGGGUUACGACGAUUCAAUCAUUAACACGGCGAAGACUUAUCUAAGUCUGCAAGGACAAUUGAAAUUUACAAAUUUCGGAUUGCUUGCCACGAAAAAUGGCACCGUAGACGAGCAUUUCACAAUCAACACGGGUGACCGUGACAUGGACAGAAUGAACGUGAUAGAGAAGCUAAACGGAGAAGACCAUCUCACUUAUUGGGGCAACCCUGAGUGCAACAGUAUCGAAGCAACCGAUGGGUCGAUCUUCCCCCCCUCCCUACUGGAUAAAAAGACGACUUUACACGUUUUCUUCCCACAGCUCUGCCGACGACUGCCUUUUGUUUACGAAAAAGAUGUCGUGACUGCAGAUGGAAUCCAGCUGCUUCGCUACCGUAUGCCAAUGAAUGUGUUCGAUGACCACAUUAGCAACCCAGCCAACCAGUGCUACUGCGAGAUUGACUCCGGCACGUGCCCGCCGAGAGGCGUCAUCAACGUAACCGCUUGUGCCAUGGGUGCACCCGCUUUGGCGUCUCACCCGCACUUCUACCUGGGUGACCCAGAACUGUUUGAGAACGUGACCGGAUUGAACCCCGACCCAGUACUGCACGACUCUUAUGUGGACAUACAUCCGACGUUGGGCAUAUCGCUUCAUGGCAAAUCCAGCAUGCAGAUAAACAUCCAGGUGAAGAAAACGCCUAUGUUCCCUGCUCUCAGCUUCCUUGAGGAAGGAACCAUCCUGCCAAUCGCUUGGAUCGAGAUGACUGUCGAAGAAAUACCAGAAAGCCUCCGUACCAUGAUCUACCACGGCACAUUCUCGACGGCGGCAGCCCAGCUCGCGCUCACCGUCAUCUGCAUCAUCGCUCUCGCCAUCUCCUCCAUCUGUCUGUCUAUCAUGAUCUUCCGGCGAAGACAGAAACCUUGUGUGACGUUGAAGAAAGUGCUUCCGACUGAAGCUGAGCUGAAGGGUUUGAAAACCGUUUCGUGAAAUAUUGGGUGACUUUUUGUGUUCCAAUUUUUGCGACGUAGAAUAAGUUCUAUGGACGUUUUUAUGAGCUUAUUGGCGUUGAUAGAUUUAAAAUUACACUAAACAAGACUUGAGUUCUCUGGGAGAGGGUGCAAUGUCCCGUCCAAAGUGGUGGAGGUAGUUUUCCAUAUUAUUUUUAUACAAUAUUAAGUCAAGUUUAGUGUAGUUCAUUUUUAAUAGUGGGAGAAUCUAUCUUUGAUUUAUAUUUAGGCAGCCCUUCCUAAAAUAUUUUAAAGUCAAGACAAUUACACACCUUUGGGAACAAAUCAAAUUAUUUUAAGAAUUCUUUCCUAAAAUAUCAAAGUCAAGACAAUUGUUUUUUUGGCUAUAUAUACCUAUAGAAGCAUUGGUUAGGUUGUUUAUGAAGUUAUCUCUACCAGUAGGAUCACACCAGUGUUUAUUCUAACACGAUAUUUUCGUUUUUCAUAGUUAAUGUUUACCAUUUAAAUAUAUAAAACCCAAGACUUAAAAACGUUGAACGACGUAUGUCGGUUUAGAAUUAUAAAUAUUUUAACACUACGCAUGUAUCAAUGAGUGUGUAAGAUUGGUAUUCCAACUGUCCACUAUCUUGGUCCAAUGUGCAUUGCGUCUCUCUCUCUCACUAAGCAAAAUGUGAUAUGAAAAUACACAUUGGACAAAGAAAUUGGACGGGUGACGCACGGCGCCUGACGACUGACGCCCGUGUGGCCAAUACUGGAACUAAAAAUACGUCACCAAUAUGGUGUUGUGUUUCGCUCUUUUGCCUCAUCUGCAUUUAUAUGUACACCAUUCGUAGUUAUUAUGUCAGCAUUAAUAGCAGUGGUUGAAACAACGUACCAAAAGUAUCUGCCACUCUGGAAUACUUUUUUAAAUAGGGAUGUCUCAACAGUUUGCGUUCAAAAGUAGCAGACACAGUCUAAUUGUUCCAUAUACAAAAACAUGUCUCUUUUUAUUAUGUACUAUUAGCGACCCGCCCCGGCUUCGCACGAGUGCAAAGCUGAUGUAUACAUAUAAACCUUCCUUGUGAAUCACUCUCUAUUAUAUAAAACCGCAUCAAAAUCCGGUAAGCAUACAUGGGGACAGACAUCCAUCCAGACAGCAGGAAGGGACUUUGUUUUAUACUAUGUCACAGGGCGGACACACUAUACAUACAAAAAUCAUUUCCAUUUCUAUGUGUGAACGGCACGUCUGUACACGCGUAAUGCGACAUAGUGUGAGUAAGUUGCUUAGAAACAGUACUGAGCGGCCGGCAAACGGCCGUCAAUCUGCUGUCGCGGGGCGAGGGCUUUCGUGUCGGAGCGGGGCGGUGCGUGGCCGUUCUGUAUGAUAAUACUAUUGCUUAUUCUGUGACUAUGUAGUGAUUAGAGAUUGAUAAAUACUUAUGGCACGUAGUCUGAUCCCUACUUUAGAUGCUGAGUAUAGAUAUGAGUAUGAGUAUAGAUACUUAUGGCACGUAGUCUGAUCCCUACUUUAGAUGCUGAGUAUAGAUAUGAGUAUGAGUAUAGAUACUUAUGGCACGUAGUCUAAUCCCUACUUUAGAUGCUGAGUAUAGAUAUGAGUAUGAGUAUAGAUACUUAUGGCACGUAGUCUGAUCCCUACUUUAGAUGCUGAGUAUAGAUAUGAGUAUGAGUAUAGAUACUUAUGGCACGUAGUCUGAUCCCUACUUUAGAUGCUGAGUAUAAAUAUGAGUAUGAGUAUGCUGCCUGUACCACAGAAUAAUAAAGCAUGUGUGUGUUAGUUACGUAUUUUAAUUAGUACCUAAGAAAACAACUAUUAGUGUUCCAUUUAUAUUUCUUUUUUAAAGUAAUCGGUAAUCUCGUUAAAUUUUUUGGCAACGUAUGUUAUUCAUGAAAUAAAACUAUGAAAACGGAUUAUAUCGCGUAUAUUGAAUUUAUGAUACAUCCCGACGUUCCGUUAUAACGUCCGACGUGACGACGUGAUAUAAUCCGUUUUCAUAGUUUUAUUUCAUGAGUAACUAUCGCGGUAACCGAAAACAAUAUAACGUAUGUUACGAGUAUUAUAAAUAUUAAAAAAAACGCAAGAAACGGAUCAACCAAAUUUCAUAAAACAUGUCUUAGAUCCACCGCUAGAAAACCAGCUCUCAAUUUAAAAAAACUGAUCCAAAUCGGUUCACCUGCUUAAGCUAUAUAAUGUCAACAGGCAGACACACAUAGCGAUCAAACUUUUCCUCCUAAGGCCCAAGGUCCUACAUAAGUACCUCUUCAGCUCGGUGAAAUUUAAAACCUAUUCAAUUGGAACAAAGUCGCUUUUGCUUUGUUUCGUUCAAUUUUCCAACAACGCAAAAUCAACUCUAUUUCCUACACUUUAGGUUCAAAUUUCAGUGGCAAAUUUAGGAUUUUUAAUUUGUAUGGCUGGGCCUUAGGUUAUAACAUCCCUACCUAUAUCUUUUCCAUUUGAAAUAAUAAGAUUAUAAAUUGGCCAUCUUAUAAUUGCUUGUAAAUAUUAAUUUAACUCAACCACGCUGCCACACAAAUGAAACUAGAUCACCGAUUUACUCGCAUAACAGCAUUUUUCGUUGAUUUACAAUCGAAUAUUGACAUUAUUUUUAAGUUUGUAAAUAUUAUCUUUUGUAUAUUUAUAAUUUUUUACCAUAUAUAUAAUACAGUAAAAUGGUCCUACUUUGCUCCAAUAUUUGAUCCACAUUAAGGAAUUUUGAAUAAAUUUUCAAACUGUUCAUUAUUAAAUAUUCAGAUGAAUUGAAUAUUAAGAAGAACAUCUUACGUAGGUAACAUAUUUUAUCGGUAAAUCAAUUUUAUGAAAUGUUGUUUUAUAUAAAACGAAGCUAUAAAUAAGGAGCACAAGAUACUGGACCGCGAGCCAGGCGCAAAUUUCGUCAGUCAUCGCCUCCCGGGCGAAAACUCGUAUAGCGGUUAACGGCUACGUAUGAUGAACCCUCGUGAACGUCAGCUGCCGCUCCGUUGGUGCGUUGAGGAAUGGCAGCCACCGAAGCGCGUAACACGGUCUUUCCACCGCGAUACAACCGGCUGACGAUUUUGUUUAUUUACAAUAGCAUCUGAACUAUCAUCUGACAAAGAAUCAAGCGGGAGGCGAUGACAAAAAAAAUUUUAUAGACUUUAUUUGCUGCCAUUCCUCAACCCACCAACGGAGCGGCAGCUGACGUUCACGAGGGUUCAUCAUACAUAGCCGUUAACCACUAUACGAGUUUUCGCCCGGGAGGCGAUUGGUCAUGAAAUCUAUUCCUGGCCCGCGAUCUAUACCCAUUGUUUGGGGUAUUUUUGCUCCUACCUAUAGUUUACUUAGGGGUGCAAAGUUACGCCAAUUUAAUAGGCCCCGCCAAAAAAGAGAGAUAAAUAACGUAGCAACUAGCAAUGCAAAAUAUAUAUACAAUUUCGUUUAUCUGAUUUCUGAGUAUAUAAAUAUAGCUAUAAUAUCUACUUAAAAAUUAAAUAAAACUAUAUUAAAACUAAAUUAAAGCUAAAUAUAAAAAGAAAAACUAUAGAAAAAGAAAAAAUUAUAGCGAAGUUAUAACAAGAAAACCCCGUCCAAAACCUCCGCCUGCGGCAAUAUAGAAAUAAUAAUAUAGAAAUAAAUAUUAUGUUUGAAUA